CUAGUUUAUCCCGCCACAAGCCUGCUCUCGUAAUUUUUUCAGACUCAUCUCUUACUCACCAAUCCCCUCCAACCCCCCUACCGGUACCGCACAACCAUCAACCUUUCACUCCCCCCCGCCGCUACAGAAUAUCCAAUUUAUCACCGCAGUCAUGGCUGAAACUGAGGAAACUCCAGUGUUCGACCCCUCGCUCAAGAAGAAGCCCAGAAAGUCGGUUGCUUUCGAGGCUGAAAAUGGAGAUGAAGUUAACGGAGCAGGGAAGGAUAAUGCUGAGCCUCAGGGCUUAGAGACUGGAGAAGGCGGAGAAGGAAAAGAGAGUGAGGAGGGCACUGCCGAAAUGUUCAAGGGCAAGAAGAAGAAGAAGCCCAAGAAGGCCGAUGGCGACGAUGAAGCUCCAGGAGAAGUCGCCGAGUUCGACCCCACAGCACUGAAAAGGAAGAAGAAGAAGAAGCCUUCCAAAGAGAAGGCUGAGGGUGAUUCUUUUGACGCGGCCUUGGCCGAGGCUGGUGUUGUUCCUCGGGGCGAGGGCGAAGAAGGUGCCGAGGAUGCUGAGCCAGCCCUCCCGGAAGACACCGGGGAUCUCCUCCUUGGGACCGGGGUCUGGAACGCUGCCUCCACUGUCGACCUCACCUAUCCUCUGCUUUUGACUCGAUUUUUCACUCUACUACGCUCUCAGCAUCCCGAUCUUGCUGGUGAUGGCAGGAGGAGUUAUAAAAUCCCCCCACCGCAAGUGCUUAGGGAAGGUAAUAAAAAGACAAUUUUUGCGAAUAUCAGCGAUAUUUGCAAGAGGAUGAAGAGGUUCGACGAGCACGUUACUCAGUUCUUAUUUGCCGAGUUGGGUACGUCUGGUUCAGUCGAUGGUAGCAAGAGAUUGGUCAUUAGGGGCAAAUUCCAACAAAAGCAGUUGGAAAACGUUCUUAGGCGUUACAUCUUGGAAUACGUUACCUGCAGAACUUGCAAAUCCCCUGAUACAGAUCUCAAGAAGGGAGAAAACCGUCUUUUCUUCGUUACCUGCAAUAGUUGUGGAUCCCGACGUUCCGUUGCUGCUAUCAAGACCGGUUUCCAAGCUACCGUCGGUAAGAGACGCAGGCAGCAAACCUAAUUCUCCUCCAAUCUCUCUCAAAAAAGUAAAAAUACGUCGUUGAAGGAUGGGGCAUGCGUGUAUUUGUUCUAGCUGUUGGAUAGUAUCGGAAACGGGUAGGAGGCAGGAAGAGGGGGAGAAGGGGGGGUGGAGUCUUGGCUGCGUUAGUCUCUGGGCUCUUGAACUUCGGGAAUUAUUUCUUUACUAUAGUCGAUACUAGUGGUUACGGAAUGACGAGAUAAUGUCUUCAUUUUGUUUUUCCUCUCCCUUUUUUCAUUCUUCGCUUGUCUGUGAAUAUGGGAGCACGGUGGAGAGGGGGUGUAAGUGGGAAGUGGAAAAAUGCGUAUACAAUACUAUUAGAGGGGGAGAUGUAUGGUGGGAGGCGUCUAUAACGUGGACCACUGAAAUUACGAAAUGUAAUGCUUUAUGUAAUCGGGGUCUAAGGUAUUUCAUAACAAAUUUUAAAAUUUUUUUAGAGGUA